AUGUCGGCUACGACGAAUCGCCGCCAGAAGGACAUCACGAAACUGAUGAUGAAAGACUACAAGGUGGAGAUGGAGGCCGAUGACUCGAACAAGUUCUUUGUUUAUCUGCACGGCCCCAAAGAGAGUCUUUACGAAGGAGGUGUGUGGAAGCUUAGGGUGGAACUCCCAGACGAAUACCCUUUUAAAUCUCCAUCAAUUUACUUUGUUAACAAUAUAUUUCAUCCUAAUGUAGACGACGAGUCCGGUGAAAUUUGUGUGAAUGUUUUCCAUGAAGAUUGGAGCCCCAUGAUCGAUCUUCACACCGUGUUCGAAAAUUACAUUACACAAUUUCUUUUGACUCCAAACCCUUUGAACCCACUGAAUGAGGAAGCUGCAGAACUAAUGAUCACUGAUCAUUAUGCUUAUGAACAGAAAGUGAAAGAACACUGUCAAAAAUAUGCAAAGCCCGCAGACGUUGGUGUUUCUGAAGACAAAAAGCUAAGCAAAGAGGAAUCGGAUCGGAACGAUGAACAUUAA